GAAACGUUUUCCAGAACAAUGAUGUUCACAAAGUCAACAAAUACUGCUUUCUAUGGUGGAAGAAAGGAGGAGUUACAAAACGCCAAAAAUGAAAUUUCAGCUAUUUAUUUAUCAAUAAUAUUGCCAAUCCUUGUAAUAUUGAUACUUCUGGGAGUUGUGGGAGCAAUAUUUUAUUGGAGAAGGUUCGUAUAAUUCUAUUAUAAACAGGAUGCUGGUAAAGUGAGACUAUUUAGCAAAGUUUCACGAAAAAUAAAUCAGAUCAUUUCACAAUUCGCGUUUUACCACCAUGUUUAACGCAGAAUAUUCUCUUUCUACCUGUUUUAACGCAAAAUAGAGUUUAAGUAAAGGAUUUCGCGUUUCUCCGCAACCAAAUAUAUCACGCGCGAUCACAAAAACAGCCAUUAUAUACCGCCCUCAUGAAACUGCUGAGUAUAGUUGCUUCACUGUCGAGAGAUGGCGUUUAUAAAAAAAAAUGACAUAUUAUAUCUAAAACCUGAGAAACUGUGGGUGUCCAGCGUAUAAUUGGCCGCGCGGUGUUGGAUCAAUGUGUACCUUGUGGAAAAUGUCUCGACAGCCACUCAUUUAGCAGAAAAAAUGUACUUUUUGACGUUUCGAGCAAAAGCCCUUCGUGAGGAGGGUUAUAGGGUCUUUGCUCGAUACGUCGAAAAGUUUAUAUUUUAUAUGCUUUUUUCCCCUACGUCUUUCAAGGGAUUUAUUGCGCACACAUGCCUUCACCAUCGGCGCGGCAUCCCAAAAAGGUAGAUGGUUGGUCAUUGAAAGUUAGUGGGAUCAAAGAUGAAGACAAUACUGAAAAUAAAAUUAUUAAAUUGAAUACGUUUCUUUUUGAAGACAUAACAAAGAAAAAAAUGUUGCUACACAAGCGGUUCAAAAGCAAAAUCAAGAUUCUGAAAGGUAUGCAGAAUGAAAGACUAUAUACAGUAGAUCCUGAACCUCUCCUAACAGAUCUCUCUAUAUUUAUGAUAAGUAUAUAAUAAUAUACGGUUGUUUCUCAUACGACCAACGGACACUAAAGCUCGUUUUCAGACAGAAAAUUUAUAUAAUCAUGGUAUAAUUUACCAUUUAAAACACGCGUAUAGGAGUUUUUUAUCAUAUUUAAAAUGCGAGUGCGCAGCACUCGAUCCACGAGCAUGCACUAGUUAGAUAUGAUAAAACACCACUAUACAAGUGUUUUGAAUAGCUUCAAACACGACUACAAUAGAUUAUAAUAAUUAUUAUAAAGAAUCACGAAUUAGGAUGAACUUUUAUAUAUAAAGAAUACUAAUAAAGGUGAGUUGUAUCAGGUAUAAAGCCUCUUCACGUGACAUAUUAUGGUUGACAUGAUUUGUCAAUAAGCGUUUUGAAUUAUUAAUGAUGCAUGUUUGAAAUUAUGUUCAUCGAUCAUGUGCUAUUUUAGAUCCAAGAGUCAUACACCAACAUCUUUAUCAAAAACGUCACCUGGAUCUGGUGUUACAUCAAAAGCAAGCACAAACCCAAUCUAUGACUCGGGAGAAAAUGCAGGGUAUGAACACGACCCUGAGGAAACAGAGAUGCACAGCACGACGGAUAAUGUUCUCUAUGAACCAGCAAAUGAACUGUGGGAUGGAAUAAAUCCUGUAUAUGAAGGGACUGAUAAUAUCAACAUUAAUAAUGUUGAUUCAACGUACGCAGAACCAUUUCAGUAGAUCGAGAGGGACGAAAGCUUAGACAAUAUAUAGGACUCUCCAAUCGCGCGGUUGUCGGACCCUGUAUUAUUCUGCACCCUGCAUGCAAGCAGGGACGAAACUACAGGAGGGUUAUGGGAUAAACCUCAUAUUUUAUGUUAAUACAAUUUUGUUGGGCAAGUAAUUAAUGUCCUAAAUAGCCAGACGAUUUAAUCAAUGUGGUAGAUUAAAAAUAUUAUAAUAUAGAAUGACGUUUUUUAACGUUUUGUUAAAUAGGAACCAUCUUUUCUUAUUGGAAACUUUUCUGAUCGGAAGAUUCCCUCCGCGGCAGGAGGAAUUUGAGUAUGAUGGAGCCACGCCAUUCUUGGCGGGAAAACUAACACUUAAGACUUAAAUUUUCAAUUUCAACUUGUAUAGUAUGGAUGGAUAAGCAAAAUCCACGCGCUCCACCGCAGGUACGCCAAUCUCCUUUGUUUUUUCAGGCAAGUAUACCACGUAGAUACACGCGGGACUCUCACUAUAUCUGCGUACUUACAUUUUAUUGGAAAACCACAUCACCUUUCCAAGCCCAAGGAAUUCAGAACCGUAGUUAUAUGUAUUGUUGCCAGAGAUUUGCCAGGCGGAAAACGAAUUCUUAUAAUAAAUAUGAGAGCCCAACAUAUAACUUUUAACAAAGCCAUUUUAAAAAAUGGUUAAGAUUUUAAAGAAUUUUUAUUGUAACGUUUCGUCUUUGACUUAAGACAUCUUCGGACUAGAUAUUUGAAUAUAUAUAUAUAUAUAUAUAAGCUAAUUUAGUAUAAUCUAUUUACAAGGUGUUAUGCUACUAAGGAUAAUAAAGGAUAAGAGGAUGUAUGUAUGACAAGAUCACGAUACAAAUCAGGAAACAAAACAGAUACCAGACAACGCGGCAAAUUACAGCAGGUUAAUCGGAAUAGAGCUGCCCUGGACGUUAAGAGAGGGUUACAAUAAAAAUUAAGAAACGUUACAAUAAAAAUUCUUUAAAAUCUUAACUGUUUUAAUGGCUUUGUUAAAAGUUAUAUGUUGGGUUCUCAUAUUUAUUGUAAGAAUUAGUUAUAUGGAAGUAUAGGUAUGAUGGACUGAUGCAUGGCAUAA